UGAAAGAAAAGAAAAGAAAGGUAAGUGAAAUGCGUCGAUGGAAUAUGUCGGCUGAAUUUGUAGUUAUCUUUAAGGAAGAUCAACGUGGCGGCCGUGCCCAAACGACAGACUAGCAGCCAACCAUAGAAAACAAUUUUUCCCCCCUCGGCUCCCUCUCCUUCCCUUAUGCGUGCUCCAUAUGCUCUCUUCCCUUAAUCAUCCACACAAUAACUCCCAUCAUCAUAUUAUUCAUACACCACACCACCCACCCUAUGACACACCACGCAGGGUGUUGUGUUGUUAUAAAAUGGUUUCUUUUUUCCUCUUUUCUCUAUCUUUAUUAUUACUAUAUGUAAUAAAUAUAAAAUUUAUUUAUCUCUAAUAUUCCCACCUCCAUAUAUAUAGACGCUUGUUCUAACAACAACAUUUCUUUCAUAAGAUUUUUCUCUCUCCCCUCCCCCUUUUUUCAACACAAAACUUACUAAGAAAAGAGAGAAACUCAAAAGGAGGAUUAUUCUCUUUUUUCAUCUCUUUUGAAAAAAAAAAAAAUGAUGGAAGGAGAAAAGAGAAAGCAAAGGCAACACCAACAAGAUAAGCCAUAUCGAGGUAUACGUAUGAGGAAGUGGGGGAAGUGGGUUGCUGAAAUUAGAGAACCAAACAAACGUUCUCGAAUUUGGCUUGGCUCUUACUCUUCUCCUGUUGCUGCUGCUCGUGCUUACGACACCGCUGUUUUCUACUUGCGAGGUCCUUCUGCUAGGCUUAAUUUCCCUGAAUGCAUAGUAGAUGACCUUGCAAUUCAUGAUCUCUCUGCUGCUUCUAUUCGCAAGAAAGCUACUGAGGUAGGUGCUAGAGUUGAUGCCCUACAAACAGCGAUUCAUAAUUCUGCUGCUGCUCCUCAUGCUGAAUCAAACUGUAACAGCUCGAACAUGAGAUCAACAAGGGUCAUGAUGAAUCCUGAUUUGAAUGAAUAUCCAGAGAGUUGCGAGGAAGAUAACUGAAUCUCUCAAUUGUACCAGCUGUAGUAGUUGUUCAAAUUAAGCUAAGCCACAAGUGGCGAUUUACGGAGGGAAAUUAAAGGGGAAAGGGAUUUGUUGUUAUGGCGAUCCAUGUUUGUAUGAAUAUAUAUAAUCCGAAGGGAUUAUAUGUUAAUAUUAUCAAUCACUUAUGGUAGUUGUUAAAGAAAAUUAAUCCCAAAAAUUACGAUUAGUAUUAUUAA